AUGAAUAACAGCAUUGUAACUGAAUUCAUGAUCCUAGGCCUCACUCAAAAACCUGAACUCCAGGGAGUUCUCUUCAUUAUCUUUCUCUUCAUCUACUUCGUGGCUUUCCUUGGCAAUAUGCUUAUUGUCAUUGCCAUAGUCUAUAACACUAGCUUGCAUACCCCCAUGUAUGUUCUCCUUCUGGCCCUUGCUAUCGUGGACAUCAUCUGCACAACAAGCAUAAUCCCAAAAAUACUUGCGACCAUGCUAACAUCAAGAAAGACCAUCUCAUAUGGAGGCUGCAUGUCCCAACUCUUCUUCUUCACAUGGUCCCUGGGUGCUGAGAUGGUUCUCUUCACCACUAUGGCCUAUGACCGCUAUGUGGCCAUCUGUUUCCCUCUACGCUACAGUGCUAUUAUGAACCACUAUAUGUGUGUGGCCUUGCUCAGUGUUGUCAUGGCUAUUGCAGUAACCAACUCGUGGGUACACACAGGUCUCAUCCUAAGGCUGACCUUCUGUGGAUCAAACACCAUUGACCACUUCUUCUGCGAGAUACCCCCGCUGCUAGCUUUGUCCUGCAGCCCAGUGAGAAUCAACGAAGUGAUGGUGUAUGUUGCUGAUAUUACUCUGGCUAUAGGUGACUUCACCCUCACCUGCAUCUCCUACUGUUUUAUCAUUGCUGCCAUUCUUCGCAUCCGCACUACAGAAGGGAAGAGAAAGGCCUUCUCAACAUGCUCAUCUCAUCUUAUAGUGGUGUCUCUUUAUUAUUCUCCUGUAAUCUACACCUAUAUACGGCCAGCUUCCAGCUACACAUUUGAAAGGGACAAAAUGGUAGCUGCACUCUAUACUCUUGUGACCCCUACAUUAAACCCAAUUGUGUACAGUUUCCGAAAUAAGGACAUGCAGGCAGGGAUUAGGAAAGUAUUUGCAUGCCUGAAACAUUAG